ACUCUGCACCGAGUUCGAAUCCCUCCCGUAAUUUAGAUGUUUGUGGCGCUCACAACACUCAAAAUUUCGUCGCUCAUCCUCCGCUUCGCACCCCUAAAGCAGCCGUGCAUCGGCAGCCCUGUUUGCGUGACGAGGAGUCCACGGCCCCUUGCAGCAUUUAGGGUUUGGUCAUAUUUGGAUCAAACCUUUGAAAUUUCCUUAAAAUGAUGACCCUUUCUUCAAUCUCUCGGUUCAUGUCCUCCUCAGUUGGCCUCAAAAGUCACAAAUUCUCAAUCUUGCGGUUCUCUUCUGCCUCAGAUGGGGAGACAGUCUACAAUCGGCUGCAGGAAAAUGGUGGCAACAUUGAGAAAACCCUUUCAUCAAUCAAUGUCCAAUUGGACUCCAAAUGUGUAAGCCAGGUCUUAAAGAGAUGCUAUCCUAGCCAAUCCCAAAUGGGUCUUAGGUUUUUCAUAUGGGCUGGUCUUCACUCCAGUUAUAGGCAUAGCUAUUUUAUGUACAGCAAAGCUUGUGAACUGUGUGAGAUUAAGCUAAACCCAAGUGUGAUUUUUGAUGUUUUGGAAGCUUAUAGAAUUGAAGGGCGCUUUGUUAGUCUUAAGGCAUUUAAGGUUGUCUUUAAUUUAUGUAAAGAAGCUAAGCUUGCCGAUGAAGCUUUGAUGGUAUUAAGGAAAAUACCGGAUUUUGGUUUACGUCCAGAUACUACUGUGUAUAAUGUUGUUAUAAGGUUGUUUUGCGAUAAAGGUGAUAUGAAUAUGGCUGAAAGUUUGGUGAAAGAGAUGGGCUUGGUGGAUCUUUUGCCCGAUUUGAUCACGUACAUGGUAAUGAUUAAUGGGUUUUGUAAGGUGGGUCGGUUAGAUGAUGCUUGUGGGUUGUUUAAGGUUAUGAAGAGACAUGGUUGUUUGCCUAAUGCUGUGGUGUACUCGGCACUUCUUGAUGGGUUUUGUAGGUCUGAUAAAAUGGAGAGAGCUUUGGAGUUAUUGACUGAGAUGGAGAAGGAAGGUGGGGAUUGUAGCCCUAAUGUAGUAACAUAUACGUCUGUGAUUCAAAAGCUUUGUGACAAGGGUCGGUCGAAGGAGGCGUUGGUUAUUUUGGACCGAAUGGAAGCUUGUGGAUGUGCCCCAAGUCGCGUUACGGUGAGUGCUCUAAUUAAGAGUUUUUGUGUGGAGGAUCAAGUUGAAGAGGCUUAUAAACUGAUUGAUAGAGUUGUUGCGGGACGUAGUGUUACAUAUAGUGAUUGCUAUAGCUCUCUUGUUGUGUCUUUGGCAAGAGGUAGAAAACCUGAAGAGGCAGAGAAGGUCUUGAGGAUGAUGCUUGAUAGUGGGGUGAAACCAAAUAGUUUGGUGUGUAGCAUUAUGUUAAAAAAUAUUUGUUUGGAAGGACGGGUGAUAGAUGGAAUUUGUUUGUUUGAUGAACUUGAGAAGAUGGAAUGCUUGUCUUCCAUUGACUCUGAUACUUACUCAAUUCUUUUAGUGGGCCUUUGUGAACAAAGGCAUUUAGUGGAGGCUACAAAGCUGGCAAGGCUAAUGCUAAAGAAAGGAAUUCAGCUGAAAGCUCCUUAUGUUGACAGUAUAGCUGAGAUCCUGAAGAAAUCCGGAGAUGAGGAAUUAGUUAAGCAUGUGAGUAGAAUUGCAUUUUGAAGUUGAACAAAAGACAAUGCUCACCUGUUUUUAUGGCUUUUCCGUGCUUACCUGGAAUUGGGUUCUUCUACUAAGCUCAAAGUCUCGAACCAAGUAGAAAACAAUCAUUGAGUUAAGUUGGUAGGUGUGGAAGAAGGGAAUUCAUGCCCUGGAAAUACAAUUUUGGUAGCAGAAGCACUCUUGGUUCGGAAACAGGUUUAUUGGUGCAGGGGCUCAUGCGCUGUUUUACCCGACUCUGCUUUACAAUGUCAUUGGGAAUAAGCUUUAGGCUGAGUUUCUGUGGUGGGACAAGGUCGAUGAGAAAUGUUGUGAAGGAGAACACUGAAGAUUUACGGAAGGCAACUGAACCAGAAGCUGAGGUUGUACAUGAACCAGCUGUGGGAGAAAAUAAGACAAAUGCUGGUGAGACUGAAAAUGAAGAUAUAACAAAGAUAAGAAAAAAGGAAAAUGUAGAUCCAAGUACGGAAGGUACCUUUUUGAGCACCCAAACAGUGUGAGGGCCAAUUACGUUCUGACUCACAAUGCUGAACUUGAAUCUUGCGUAAGAAGGGAUACUCCCAAGAACCCCUGGACUAAGGAUCAAACCUGCCUGCAUGCAAUUUACAGAUAUAGACACGUUAGCAUACCAGCAUUUGAGAGACAAAGACGGGAAUUCCAAAACACCUGAGAAUGUGAUGAAGGAUUUGGGUGGUGAAAAAAGCCAAACCCAUUUGCCUUUCGAGGACUGGAAAUGUAGAACUUCCGUCUCCACCCACCAGACACAGCACCACCAUCAGUCCAAAUACCGGCAGAGUGAACUCUGGGAGGGAUUUCCACGCGAACAAGGGCCAUAUUAUCCUCCGUUUCGUUUAACCACAAUACUUGUGAAAGACUCUUCAUGAUUUGAAUUCUCUCUCUAUUUCUUAUAUAUUAAAUCGUACAGAUAUGUAAUAUAUAUUCUAGCUCGCUAGAGAUCAGUUUUGUUAGUUUUCAUGACCAGCUUUGAUCAGUUCUCACAAACGGUGGCAUUCUUGUUGUAUUAAACACUCCAAACUCGCUUCAAUCUAUUGUUAAUUGGUA